CUUACCGUCAUGUGGCUUCCCGUAACAAUGAACUUGCAGCAUAUAUGUCGGUCUCCGGUUGACGCAUGCAAUGAUGUCAAUCGCAAAGCAAGUAGCCAACUGCGACUCAAAACAUGAUUAGCAAUCGAUGAUAUUAAUUCACUUUUCAUCUUAAAUAUUAAUACUGACGAGUACAAAAACCAAAAGUUCUACAUCUCCUCCUCCUCCUGCUCCUCAGUCAGCUUCUGACAGAAUCAACACAGAUUCAGAGAGCCAUUUUAAGGGUUUAGGGUUCGAAGCGAUUGAUCGUUCGAACCAUGGCUGAGGAGUGCAGAGAGACGCUGCUGAAGAAGGUUUACUAUGACGAGUGUCCCGGUUGUGUAAUGGAACAGCGUAAAGAGCUGCAGAGAGGUCUUCCUAUUAAAAUGCUUGUUUCUGUAUGGCUUAUUGUUCUUUCAGCUGCGCUGCCAAUAUCAUCUCUCUUUCCAUUCCUUUAUUUUAUGAUUAGGGAUUUCCAUAUUGCUAAAAGAGAGGAAGACAUUGGCUACUAUGCUGGAUAUGUAGGGUCUUCAUAUAUGCUUGGCAGAGUUCUGACGUCAAUUCUUUGGGGAAUGGUGGCUGAUCGCUAUGGUCGGAAGCCUGUCAUAAUUAUAGGGACUGUUGCAGUGGUUAUUUUCAACACUCUAUUUGGACUCAGUGUAAACUUUUGGAUGGCUAUUUCUACACGAUUUCUUCUUGGAAGUUUGAAUGGUUUACUUGGGCCGAUUAAGGCAUACGCAAGUGAAGCCUUCCGAGAAGAACACCAAGCUUUAGGCAUGUCAACAGUUAGUGUAGCCUGGGGUAUUGGAUUGAUCAUUGGCCCAGCCUUGGGAGGUUUCUUGGCCCAGCCAGCAGACAAAUAUCCAAGUAUAUUUUCCCAAAGCUCUAUAUUUGGGAGGUUUCCGUACUUCUUGCCUUGCCUAUGUAUAUCGGUUUUUGCAUUUGGAGUAACCAUUGCUUCUUUCUGGCUUCCGGAAACUUUACACAAGCACAACGGAAAAGCUAGAUUAGACGAUGAUUCUUAUGAAGCUUUGGAAGCUGCCAAUGGUGGGUCUGAUGCAAAUGAAAAGCAAAAAACUGAAGAACAAACACCUAAAGAAAACCUCUUCAAGAAUUGGCCCUUAAUGUCUUCAAUCAUUGUUUACUGUGUUUUCUCACUUCAUGACAUGGCUUAUACAGAGAUAUUCUCAUUAUGGGCUGUGAGUCCUCGAAAGUUAGGGGGUUUGAGCUUUACAACCGAGGACGUUGGUGAAGUUCUUGCAAUUUCUGGUUUUGGUCUUUUUGUCUUCCAAAUUACUCUAUAUCCAUAUUUUGAAAGGCUGCUUGGUCCUGUUAUGAUUGCUCGUGUUGGAGGGAUUAUAUCCAUACCUCUGUUGUCAAGUUACCCGUUUAUAGCAAUGUUGUCCGGGCUCGCCCUUUCCGUGCUGUUAAACUGUGCAUCUGUGGUGAAGAAUGUCUUAUCUAUCACGAUUGUAACUGGCCUGUUCAUCCUUCAAAACAGAGCUGUGGACCAAAAACAAAGAGGCGCAGCGAAUGGAAUUGCGAUGACGGCAAUGUCUCUGUUCAAGGCAAUUGGUCCAGCAGCUGGUGGUGCAUUGUUUUCUUGGGCACAAAAACGCCGGGAUGCUGCUAUCCUACCUGGAAGCCAGAUGAUCUUCUUCAUCUUGAAUGUGGUUGAGGCAAUCGCCGUUCUGAUGACAUUUAAGCCAUUUCUUACUCUACAUGAAUAGAUCGAGAUCAAUGUAAACAGAAAUGGAAUUUCAUGCCGAACCUAAGGAAAUAAGGAAACUCUCUCAACAUAAUUACGGGCAGAUCAUUGUAUGCAAUAUGGUUGUUCACACUCUGUUGCAAGGAUAUAGCUUAUUAGGAAUAUUAGAUAUGAUCUUCAUUAUUGUAAGGGUAAAGAUUCUUGGCAUUGGUGUUAUAUGUGAUCGAAUAAUCCUUUUCGGAAAAAUUAUAUAUAGCGAUUUUGCAAUUCAGUGAGAUAUUAAGGUUGCAAUCGAGCGAUUUUGAGUGUAUUCGGCUUGCUCAAAGUCUUAUCAAUUUCGAGAGUGUA